CUGCCGGGUUUGGCGCUCGGUCCGGGAGCGUCCGACACCCACUGGGACGCAGAAGGCGGUGGAGCCCCGGCGGCGGCGGCGGCGGCGGCGGCGGCAGUAGUGGCAGCGCGCGGGAGCGGCGCGCGGGAGCGGCGCGGGCUGGGGCUCAGAAUAAUCAUGGGCCAGACUGGGAAGAAGUCCGAGAAGGGGCCAGUUUGCUGGCGGAAGCGUGUGAAGUCCGAGUACAUGCGGCUGCGGCAGCUCAAGAGGUUCCGGCGAGCUGACGAAGUCAAGAGUAUGUUUAGUUCCAAUCGUCAGAAAAUUGUGGAAAGAACAGAGAUCUUAAACCAAGAGUGGAAGCAGCGAAGGAUCCAGCCCGUGCACAUCCUGACUUCUCUCCCAGUGGUCCAGCCACACAGUCGCCUAUUGUACCAGCUGGUUGAUUGUUCGGUGACCAGUGACUUGGGCUUCCCAACACAAGUCAUCCCUUUAAAGACGCUGAAUGCAGUCGCCUCAGUGCCCAUAAUGUAUUCUUGGUCUCCCCUACAGCAGAAUUUCAUGGUGGAAGAUGAAACUGUUUUACACAAUAUUCCUUACAUGGGGGAUGAAGUUUUAGACCAGGAUGGAACUUUCAUUGAAGAACUAAUAAAAAAUUACGAUGGAAAAGUACACGGGGAUAGAGAAUGUGGGUUCAUAAAUGAUGAGAUCUUUGUGGAAUUGGUGAACGCUCUUGGUCAGUACAAUGAUGAGGAUGACGACGAUGAUGGAGAUGAGCCUGAUGAGAGAGAAGAAAAACAGAAGGAUCUGGAGGAGAACCGAGACGAUAAAGAAAGCCGCCCACCUCGGAAAUUUCCUUCUGACAAAAUUUUUGAAGCCAUUUCCUCCAUGUUUCCAGAUAAGGGCACGGCAGAAGAACUGAAGGAAAAGUAUAAGGAACUCACCGAGCAGCAGCUCCCAGGGGCCCUCCCUCCCGAGUGCACCCCAAACAUAGACGGACCAAACGCCAAAUCCGUUCAGAGGGAGCAGAGCCUGCACUCCUUCCACACGCUCUUCUGCCGGCGGUGCUUCAAGUACGACUGCUUCCUCCACCGUGAGGACCCCUGUAACGCCAGACUGAGCCUGUGGACGGUCAAGGCCGCAUCGGCGGCAGGAGUCACAUCAGCCCAAAACGCAAGGCCGUCAUUAGCCAGACUUUCCAUGCAACACCCAACACUUACAAGCGGAAGAACACAGAAACAGCUCUGGACAACAAGCCCUGUGGGCCCCAGUGUUACCAGCACCUGCCACUCCUACCUAGGAACUAAGUGGGUAUAUAUUGCCUGUUGGAUUUUGGACAGAAGAUUCAUUGAAUGGCACCUACAGAAGGAGGGAGCAAAGGAGUUCGCCGCCGCCCUCACCGCCGAGCGGAUCAAGACGCCACCGAAGCGCCCGGGCGGCCGCAGACGGGGGCGGCUUCCCAACAACAGCAGCAGGCCCAGCACCCCCACCAUCAAUGUGCUGGAGUCCAAGGACACGGACAGCGACCGGGAAGCUGGGGCCGAGACUGGCGGCGAGAAUAACGAUAAGGAGGAGGAGGAGAAGAAAGACGAGACCUCCAGCUCCUCUGAAGCGAAUUCUCGGUGUCAGACCCCGAUAAAGAUGAAGCCGAACAGCGAGCCCCCGGAGAACGUGGAGUGGAGCGGGGCUGAGGCCUCCAUGUUCCGGGUCCUCAUCGGCACCUACUACGACAACUUCUGUGCCAUCGCCAGGCUGAUCGGGACCAAAACGUGCAGGCAGGUGUAUGAGUUCCGGGUCAAGGAGUCCAGUAUCAUCGCUCCGGCUCCUGCCGAGGAUGUCGACACGCCUCCGAGGAAGAAGAAGAGGAAACACCGGUUGUGGGCUGCCCACUGCAGGAAGAUACAGCUGAAAAAAGACGGCUCCUCGAACCACGUUUACAACUACCAGCCCUGUGACCAUCCGCGGCAGCCUUGCGACAGUUCGUGCCCUUGCGUGAUAGCACAGAAUUUUUGUGAAAAGUUUUGUCAGUGUAGUUCAGAGUGUCAGAACCGCUUCCCCGGCUGCCGCUGCAAGGCGCAGUGCAACACCAAGCAGUGCCCCUGCUACCUGGCCGUGCGGGAGUGCGACCCCGACCUGUGUCUGACCUGCGGAGCUGCUGACCACUGGGACAGCAAGAACGUGUCCUGCAAGAACUGCAGCAUCCAGCGGGGCUCCAAGAAGCAUCUCCUGCUGGCGCCGUCCGACGUGGCAGGCUGGGGCAUCUUCAUCAAAGACCCUGUCCAGAAGAACGAGUUCAUCUCCGAGUACUGCGGGGAGAUAAUUUCCCAGGACGAGGCCGACAGGAGAGGCAAGGUGUACGACAAGUACAUGUGCAGCUUUCUCUUCAACCUGAACAACGAUUUUGUGGUGGACGCAACCCGCAAGGGUAACAAAAUCCGUUUUGCAAAUCAUUCAGUCAAUCCAAAUUGCUAUGCAAAAGUGAUGAUGGUGAACGGUGACCACAGGAUAGGGAUCUUUGCGAAGAGAGCCAUCCAGACUGGAGAAGAGCUGUUUUUUGAUUACAGAUACAGCCAGGCUGACGCGCUGAAGUACGUGGGCAUCGAGCGCGAGAUGGAGAUCCCUUGACGUCUGCUACCUCCCCUCCUCUUCUGGGACGGCUGCCUUUAGCUUCAGGACCCUCGAGUACUGCGGGCAAUGCAGAGAGGAAAAUGCAGUGUGAAAUCCUGAGUUUGCAAAGUACUGUAAGAAUAAUUUAUAGUAAUGAGUUUAAAAAUCAACUUUUUAUUGCCUUCUCACCAGCUGCAAAGUGUUUUGUACCAGUGAAUUUUUGCAAUGACGCAGUGUGGUACAUUUUUGAACUUUGAAUAAAGAAUACUUGAAGUUC